AUGAUGGUGAAUGCAUACAAUGUGCAUUGCCGUGGCCAGGCAGCUUUGAAAGUCGGCUGGUCAAUGGCAAAAUUGACAGAAAGUUACUGCAUGGAGCUCAGCCAGAACACCCAGCGACGACAGGCCCAGCUGGAUAGCAUGCGGGCACUGGUGGAAGCGAGCGACGGGAAGCUUGCUGGUGUUAGUGGCACAGAAAGGUUUGCGAGCCUGAGCAGCUCGCAUAUGUCGCAGUUCUGCAAAGCCGUGCGAAGCGGCUGCUCGUCGGAGCACGAAAGCUUGCCCAGUGUGCUGGCUUUGGAGACCGUCACCAAGCAGUACACGGACGAGCAGUUCGCCACGGCUGUGCGGCAGGGCUGGGUCUGGAACUGCAUUAGUGCCUGUGUGGACGAUGCAGUGGGCUGGUUUGCAGACUUUCUGCAGGCCAGCCUGAAUGCCAGCAACCACAUUGCUGGCCGGCUCACCGAGAUGGAGAUUGCCAUGAACUUGGCGGCACACUACAAGAGAACGGGCUCCAUGGAGGCUUCUGUGGAAGCAUGCAGGGCCAUGUGUGAGCUGGGCUACCUUGAUGCGAUUGCGGAAUGGGUGAAGAAGUACACAGGAGGCGAACAGUUCGUGCUCAUCCAGUUCCUCGCUGGGGUUGAGAGAUCCUUCAGCUCUUCGGUUCUGCUGGGGGAGGAAUACUUCAGAAGUGUUGCUUCCACAGAUUUUGGGUCGAAGGAAUCAACAUUUCCGCUUGUGCGAUGCAUGCUGCUGGCAUGCAACUUGAGCUCGCCGAAGCUGCAUGUGCAAGACGGGUUUGCCCGGUUGUUGGUGAAAGCCGAUGUGGAUCGGCUGAAGACAGCGGCAGGCCGAGACCAAGCAGCUCUGGCUGAGAAGAUGGCGAUGCUGGUCUUGCAAGAGAUAGGCGACCAUUUGCUCGACAAUGUGAAGCUGGUUGGUCGUUUCUUCCUUCGUGCGGGGCUGUGGCUCACGAAAAAAGAAGGCAAGGGCCACGAAAAGCAUGUCUUCGGCUCGCUGGAGACAAUCCACAAAGCUUUCAUGCUGGAGAAAGAGAAGUCGCAGGCAGCUUCGUCUUCCAGUGCAGCUGCUCCUGCCACUGCUGCUGGUGACAGCAGCAAGGUGCUGGGUUUGCAGGCAGAAGACUAUGUUAUGAGCAAUAUACAGGCGAACUAUGAUGCGAAGAGCAUCGCCACUCAGCGAUACAGCUGGCUGGUUCCUGGCAAGAAGUACAUUCGGAACUCGGACAUCUUCGAGUUCGUGGACAUGCAAGAACAGCACGGCAGGUUCACGUCCGUGGACAUCUUUGGGCAGGAGAGCAUGCACGAGAUUCCGCAUUCCGAUCUGAAGAACUUCCGUUUGACGGACAAGUUGGUUCCGGCCAUGUUGGCCGCCGAGAAGGUGACGAAGCUGCAGAUGGACGUCUGCGACAGCUGGACAUUGGAGCUGGAGAAAGCACAAGUUCAGGCUGCAGUCUUGACGAACCACUCCGAGGAAAGCUUGCUGGACGUCUCGCAGCUGGUGUUCACGAACACCCACAAGAUUUUUACUGGUGAAAAGAUCAAGAAAAGUGGCCUGAGAAUUUUUCCUUUCGGCACUGUUGUGCUGAUGAAAGAUGAAGCCUUGAGGAAACCAGAUGCACUCGCUGGCAAGAUCGUCGUCAAGGUCAAAAAGACAGGCCACUACUACCAGGUGCUGGCUGGUAAAGUGGACUUGCAAAAGGAGACAGGUGCCAUCCCAGCCUUUUGCUGGGUUUCGGCCACUGAGGACGAGGAAGCGGCGACUAUGGAGCUUGGCCAUAGCUUGUAUGCUGGCUGGUUGGAAAUACCUUGCCUGCGGCCUAAGAAACCGCUUGAGAAGCAUGUGCAGCUGCUCUACUACAAGGCCCCUGUGCAAAGCACGAAAGCAGGCAGCCUUUGUAGGCACCGCUUGGCAUGGAAAGUUCUAUGUGAUAUUGUGCAGUUUUUGGUUCAGUUUUCCUGCCCUGGCAGCGAGCCUUGCAGCAUGGUGGACAUCCAGGAGCGGUAUGCCUUGUCUUAUGCUGGCGGGGAGCACGUGCCCAUCCCACCCGCUUUGCUCCAUUCGGCAAGUGACGGAGCCAAGUUUUUGAAGCUCAGGCCGUCGCAUCGCACAAUUUGUAAAUUGGUGUGUGGCAAGAACCUGGAUAUCUUCAAAGGAAAUGCAAAUCCAAGCAUUGCUGGUUCAGCAGCUUUGCAAAGGUUGAAGGAGCAGCUCCUGGAAACCCUGCGGGCUUCCGUUGCCAGCAAGUCUGAGGAAGCUGCUGCGGCUUUCUUCGAGGAUGCCAGUUCCAAUGAACCGAGAAAGACAAAAUUCCAGAAGGUGGAUGAUGCUCCCGAGACAAUCAAGAUGGUCGUGAAUGAAAAGGAGGUCGGUGCAGCAGAGGAAGCUGGUUCUUUAGGACAGUUUGCUGGAAGUUUUUUCCAGCUUUGCCUGCGGCCCAUGGACGACCCUGUUUUUUUGCAGUGGGCGAAAGAGCUGGAGGGAGAGGCCACUGAAGAUGCCGCCAAGGCGAUGCCUCCUGCUACGAAGAAGAAGGCCAAGCUGCCCAGCCCGCCGGUGCAGGAGCUUUCGGCGCUGGACAGGCUCAUGAUGGCUGGUGGGGCAGUGGAACCAGAGGAGGGACUGCUGGAGGCCAAGACGGAGGAGGACGACGACAAGACAGAUCCUCCGAGCAAUCCAGCCGAGCCGGAUGACACUGCUGGCCUCGAGACUUCUGCAGCACCGUGGAGACGUGCUGGUGCCAUGCCGCCACCGGAGCCGAAGGGAGCUCCACCGGCGAAAAAAGCGGCUGAGGAGCAGCAUGGUGCUGGUGGCUGUGGCGACGGUCCUGGCGAGCAUGCUGGUGAUGGCUGGGCCUGGGCCCACGGUGGUGGCGAGCAGCAUGCUAGUGGCUGGGAUGGCUGGUACGAGGAUGGUGCUGGCUGGUCUGGUGGUGACUGGCAGCAAACUGGUGGUCACUGGCAGCAAACCAAUGUUGCUGGUCAGUGGCAGCAGCCAUCGUCGUCCAGUUGGCAGCAAGGCGGUGCUGGCCAAUAUGCUGGUCUUGGUGCUGGUGUAACUACAUGGAUGGAUGUGGCUGGUAGAAUGCACACCUUCCGUCUGCCGGAGAAAACCAAAACUGGCUUCCAGAACAAGGUGGCCAUGCUGGUGGGGUUGAGCCUUUGUGGUGAGGUGGACGAGCUGAACAGGCAGCUCCAGCGGCUGGCAUCCUUCGUGCCCAUCCAAAGCCAGCUUGCCGAGAUAGUGGCAGCCCACAGACAGUAUGGCUUGGAGGGCUUCAACUGGCUGGGCUACUUGCCACGAGGUGGCCGCACUCCGCCCUGA